AUGGCGAAACCGGGCACGGCGCGCGCCAUCUACGAGUCCCUCUCCCACAUUGGCUCGCUCUGGCCCAAGGACCCGCUGCGGCCCGAGGCCAACUUUGGCCAGUCGGUCAUCACCGCCGCCGAGCGUGCCUUGACGCAGCAGAACCAGGGGCAGCCGGGCGCCGCGCUCCCGCCGGGCGGCAUGAGCAGCCAGGGCGUCAAGACUCGCGUCGACCCCAAGCAGCUUCGGUACAGGGAGCUAGUCCAAGAGGAAGUGAGCGUGGCCACGGCAGCCCUGAGCGCUUUGCAGCAGAUCAGAGAAGGCACAGCCAGCCAACGGUACCCUGUUCCUGUUCCUGUCCUGAGGCCGGCCUCGAAUCCAGAGUACUACGUCCGGCUCGCAAGGAUGCUCGACCGCGCCAAGAAGGGCGAAAACGUCAGCCUGACGAUGCGGGAACGCCUGAGACUCUUUUUCACCGGCAAGCUGUGA